AUGAUUCGACCUGACAACUGCUCGGAGGCACCCCACGGCACCUCGUUCUAUAAUGAUGGCAACGCAAACUUCACCAUCCAGCUGAUCAUCCGGUUUUAUCGAUCGUUCAAACCUGUCCACGUGCGAGACGAGUCGCGAAGGGCCUCGGUUCUUACCAUCGCAGCUUAUCGUUCGAAGAUGCAUGAUGACGAAUUCUUGUUGGAUCAGGUCGCAUCUGCUGAGCUGCCCAAGUCACUCAUCGACGUCCGUACCAUUGAUGACUCUCUCAGUCACGAGGCUGACUACGUCUUUAUCGAUCUCACUCGAACUGACAAGCACGGGUUCCUCAAGAACGCCCAGCGAAUCAAUGUGUCAGCCUCUCGCGCACAGUCGGUUCAUUUUUCAUCGGUCCGGGCAGCAAAGUUUCCCUCGUCCACCCCAUCCGUCAUCUCGGGGAAAACGGAUCUUUACCUCUCCUGGUGUAUGGCAUCCAACAUUGCCUUCUUUGGCCGAUGCGAGCUCCAGCAAUCUAUCCUGGGGACUGUCAACGAUGGUGUGGGUGAUGACUACAUGCCAGACCGGGAAGUUGAUCGGGAUGAUGACUCUGUUGGAACUGAAAGGGGCCUCCAAGUUGCACGCCAGUUCAAUACUGAUAAAAGAGCACAAGCUUCUACCUCUCUUCUCAAGGUCUCGCGCACCAAAGGAUGCCGUAAAGCGGGAACUCUUGCGAACCAAAAUUUCGAAGAUAACAUGAGCAGUUUCAACGGCGUUGAUUCUGACGAGGAGUUUCUGACGUACAGUACUGUCCUUGUCAAAGCCAAUCAUGCCCACAAGGCCGUGAUCCCCAGAGAAGUCGAGAAACUCUAUGCUUCUCAGGUGUCUUCAUGGGGCUGUCUCUCGACAACAGUGUUGAUUCGACCCGACAACUCUGAAGAGUCGAAGAGCGGAAACAGUUUAGCAAACCGUGCCAACGCCAACUUCGCGGCCGAAGUCCCUCUGGAUCUGGUUGAAGUCCGAACUGUUGACGACUCACCCAGUCAUGAAGCGGAUGUCGUCGCCCUCGACUUGGUGCGCACUCUGAGGAAGGGUUUCAUCAACGAGCCCCCUCGCAUGAAUGUCGGUAUGACCCGUGCUCGUAUUGGUCAGUUCGUGAUAGGCCCGGGCAAAAAGACUCCUCUUGAGUGGCCCUUGAACCACCUCGUUGCUUUCCUCGAGGAACGAAAAGCAGUCAUCAAUCUCAGGGACCGCUGCCAUUGGGACUUGACGUGCCAGAACUGCUGUCAGCCCGGUCAUCUCGCUACCAACUGCAAAUUCAAGCCGAAGUGUGUUCGGUGUGAUGGAGCACCCCACGCGACUCGCAACUGUCCUCGCGCGGAGGAGGAUGCCAUCUCGACAUCCACAUCCGAACCGAUCACUGCUGACGGUGGCAUUCAGCGAAAUGUUCUCAACCCUCCACGGGUCAACUUCUCCGAUUCGAAGCGAUCUACCACUCGCGAGGAAGCGUUCGCUAAGGCCAACAAACAGCAGGACGCAAUGCGCAAGGCCUAUCGUGAUGCUCUGUAUGCGCUUCGCAAGGACAGGAAGGACCAAGACGUUGAGGAUCUUGGGACUGAUGAACAGGGCGAUGAUGUGUCUGAUGAUGAAGAAGCAGGCAACGAGGAAGCAGGGCUUGAUGCAGGAAAUAUAUCGAAACGAGGAUCCUUUGGAUGUGAGCACCGUCUAUUUUCCUGCGGAACCUCGAUCUCCUCCGAUAAACCGGAUUGGAGUGCCAGCCAGCUUUUGGAGAGUAACAAGGGACCGAAAAGGGCUAGCGAAUGGGACGCUGAACUGCUCAAGCAAGACGAAGCUCGCAAGAAAUGCCAACCGGCAUAUUACACUGUCACUGUUAACAAGGGGUUUUCUCUACAGUUCAGUUGGAAAGAUGCGAAAGGAAAGAUCGGUGCCUCUGACAAGGUUAAGCUCCAGCCUGACUGGGACAUGACUCUAGCCGAAUUCGAAGCCAAGUUCAGACACGAUUUAUACUGGGAGAAUGCAAUGAGGUCCUCCAAUCGCGAUCUUACUAUCGUUACGGGUCGUUCUAUGCUACGAAAGUUCGCUGAGGCUAAGGCAAAGGGCUCAGCCUUCCCACUCGGUGGCGAACAUCUGCUCGGUGACCUUAUGAUGAAGCCGCUGACUCGGGAUGUUGACGAUGCCACAAUCGCGAAGAUUGAGGCACAUAGAGCGAUGUGCGCGCAGAGAAUGGCGGCUCUUUGA